AUGUUUGCGGAUCACUAUAAAAUGACAGAGAAUAAUUACAUUAUUGGAACUUGUAAGGGAUUCUGUCCUUUAAAAGAAAUUAAAUUAAGAAAAAGCACGAACUUAAUACACUAUUAUGAGAAAAAUGGAAAGUUGAUUAAAGAAUUCACUAGAAGUGCUGCAGACCGAAAAAUGGAACAGCCAGAAAAUUUGCGUACUUUCGAAGCACUGAAGAAUACUUUGGAAUAUCUGAUUAAUAAAAUUUUUGUUGAUCGCGAAAAGCCGUUGAACUUUCGGUACGAUUUCAUUUUUGACAGAUGUAGAGCAGUUCGGCAAGAAAUAGUUAUGCAAAAUUUCACGAGUGAAAAGACUGUCGAGUUAUUAGAGCCAAUAGUGAUGUUUCUUAGUUACAGUCUCUAUAGACUUAAUAGCGUUCCGAUAUCAUUAUUCGACUCAAAAAUAUGCCAACAGCAUUUGCAUGAAUGUCUGUUAAAAUGUCUGUCAUGCUACGAGGAAAUUGAUGAGAUGAAUGUGGGAAAAUAUAAAAUGGAAAAUCGAAUUAUUGUGGAAGCAAUUCACUUGAUGCUGAAUAUCAAUGACUUUGGCACAUUUCAACGUGCUAUUAAACUUAAUAAAGCUAUCAAAUCAACAUUUGUUUUGGGAACUGCCAUCAAGAUUUCAAUUAAUUUUCAUCGACGACACUUCCAUAAACUUUUGCACGAUAUUCAGGAACUUCCUCAUCUCGUUGGAGCUAUUGCAUCGUUAAACUUAUCACAAAUUAGGAAGGAAAUAUUAAGAAUUUUCUCAAUUGCAUACAGCAAUCAAGUAUUGAAGGUUCCAUUAGAAUUCAUUCAACGUCUUUUGAUGUACGAUGAACAAUUAAGUCUACUCAAACAUUUAAGUGACCUUAACAUUCAUGAAAAUUCAGAUGAGAAGGAAACAGAAAUUGGCAUCAAUUUUAAUCGAAAGAAAUUCGAUAAUUCGAAAUCAAUCCCAAACACACAACAACAUUUUGUGGAUAAUAAACUGGAUGAUUUUCAUCUACCGGAUCUGAUUUUAAUGAAAACAUGCGUUAUGUGA